AUGGAUCUGACUAAACCCAACCGACUUCCGCUGAUCCUCCUCCUGUUUGUGAGUCUCUGGAUCCACGCAGCGCGAGGAGUUUGGCCUCUGCCCCAAAGUUACAGCAGCUCCCCGCAGCGCUUCGCUCUUCAGCCCCGAGCCUUUCACUUCACUCACGGAGCUCAGUCUGCGGCUAAAGACGGCUGCUCGGUGCUGGACCAGGCCUUCAGGAGGUACUUCCGCAUCAUCUUCCCUGAUUAUGAUAAAACACAAAGUCCUUAUCGGAGCCCAUUGUACGAGGCGCCUUUUACUUUAGAGGUCAGUGUGGACCAAGCCGACUGUGAAGGAUUCCCAGCUCAAGACUCAUCCGAACGCUACAACCUUACAGUCAUAGCAGGACAUGGCUUUCUCAACGCAGAAUCAGUCUGGGGCGCACUCAGAGGUCUGGAGAGUUUCAGUCAGAUCGUCUAUCAAGAUGCUUCAGGCUCCCGUUACGUCAACAAAACCGACAUCCAGGACUUCCCUCGCUUCCCGUUCCGUGGAAUAUUACUGGACACGUCCCGUCAUUAUUUGCCGUUGCAGGCGAUACUUAAAACUCUGGACGCAAUGGUUUACAGUAAAUUCAACGUGUUUCACUGGCACAUUGUGGAUGACCCGUCCUUCCCGUACCAAAGCCGGACCUUUCCAAACCUGUCCAGUCAGGGAGCGUACCACCCAGAGACCCACAUCUACACUCAGGAGGACGUGCAGAGGGUGAUCUCACACGCUCGGCUUCGCGGCAUCAGAGUUCUCCCUGAGUUCGAUUCUCCGGGUCACACUGCGUCCUGGGGCAAAGGGCAGCCGGGCCUCCUCACCCCCUGCUACAGCGGCACUUCUCCCAACGGACGGUUCGGUCCUGUGGAUCCGUCGGUAAAGUCCACUUUCAGGUUCAUGGCGUCGCUGUUCGCAGAAGUGUCCCGCGUCUUCCCCGACUCCUACAUCCACUUAGGAGGCGAUGAGGUGGACUUCUCCUGCUGGAAGUCAAACCCAGAUGUUCAGGUCUUCAUGAAGAAAAUGGGAUUCGGAACAGACUUUACAAAGUUAGAGGCGUUUUACAUGGAGAGUAUCGUGAACAUGACCACGGCCCUCAACAAAACUGCCAUUGUUUGGCAAGACGUGUUCGAUUAUCAUGAAAAACGCAGCUUCCUCUCUGUGGUGGAGGUGUGGAAACAGCCUUGUUACUUGUGCAAAGUGCGCAGAGCCACAAAGGCUGGACUGCAGGUGAUUCUGGCGGCGCCCUGGUACCUGGACCUGCCGGGCCCCACGCACCACUGGGCCCCCUUCUACAACGUGCGGCCCCUGGACUUUAAGGGUUAG